GGCGCAUGGCCUGAAGUGCAGCUCACCUUCAACAAGGGCCGACACAGCUCACCUCCAAGGGCCGUUAGCAUCUGCACUUGGUUUAACGACAUGGAGCACGUUACCUACUCAGAGCAAACCAAGCAACAUCUUCCUGCGUGGUGCUAAUCGGUUGGAUGGCUUAACAUUGACCAAGGCAUCAGGACAGAAUUACACGCACGGUGGCAGCGGUGGUGAUCCGGUCAAGCUGGCUCUGAAGGAUGACGAAUACUGGACGCAAACAACACUGUGCCAGGGCAAGCGCGACGACCACACGCGCAUAUUCUACCUGCACUUGACGACCAGCGCUGGAAACGAGCUGGAGGCUGGCACCCAGACAGACGAUUGUCAGGAAUUCAAGGCGCCCGAGGGCUGGCAUGUUGUAGGCUUUUACGGUCGCGACGGCGAUGAAGUGGAUUGGUUGGGAUUCAUUGAGUUACGGAUCCCAGUGAUUCAUCAUCACCCAAACCGGACAUCAGACAACAAGCCAGCUUCUGCGCAGGGCGGUGUCUCAGAAAUUGCGCUCAUUAUUCUCUCGGCGAAACCGUAAUCAAAAACUAUAAUCACCAUAGUUAUCGAAAGCAACGGGCAUUUUUGUCUUAUGGAUAUAUCUUCUAAGCCUGAGUAUAUUCUGCUUCCGAAAAGAACACGGAAGUGCUGGCAGAUCGCCGUGCUGCAUCGGGAAGUAAAACACCACAUAUCGGC